UCUCUUCCUCCUCAUUUGGCAGCACAUAUUGUAAGGAUGAAAAACCACCAUCAUAAACUUCUAUACAGCAAGGAACCAAAAACCACCAUGUUACACUAUUCAUGCAUUUGCAUUCAUUGCUGAACUUUUUGAUAGAACCCCAUUUUGCAAAACUGUACAAUUUGUUAAGAAGAGCAAAAAAAACUCAGCCAAGAUGAACGACUUGUUCUCGAGCUCAUUCAAGAAAUACACAGACCUGAAGCAGCAGGUUUUUCUGGAUGACAUGGAAGCUGGCAAAGAGAGUGUCAACCUUGAUAGGUUCUUUGGAGAUGUAGAGAAUGUCAAGGAAGACAUGAGGCAAGUUGAGAAGCUGUAUAAGCAAUUGCAAGAAGCCAAUGAAGAAUGCAAAACUGUCCACAAUGCUAAAACAAUGAAGGACCUUCGAGCCCGGAUGGACGCAAAUGUUGGUCAAGUCCUCAAACGUGUUAAAGUUGUAAAGGGAAAGCUUGAAGGCUUAGAACGUUCCAAUGCAGCUAAUAGGAACCUUCCUGGUUGUGGUCCAGGUUCUUCUGCAGAUAGAACAAGGACCUCAGUGGUUAGUGGCUUGGGAAAGAAACUCAAGGACAUGAUGGAUGAUUUUCAAGGAUUAAGAACCAGAAUGACAGCUGAGUAUAAAGAAACAGUGGAAAGAAGGUAUUUCACAAUCACAGGAGAGAAGGCAAAUGAAGAAACUAUUGAGAAUUUAAUAUCAAGUGGGGAAGGUGAAAGUUUUCUGCAGAAGGCAAUUCAGGAACAAGGGAGAGGUCAAAUAUUGGAUACCAUAUCAGAAAUUCAAGAAAGACAUGAUGCAGUGAAGGAGAUAGAGAAGAACUUGAUUGAGCUUCAUCAGGUAUUUUUGGACAUGGCUGCUCUGGUGGAGGCACAGGGUCAUCAACUCAAUGACAUAGAGAGUCAUGUAGCGCAUGCUAAUUCGUUUGUGAGACGAGGCACUGAGCAGCUUCAGGAGGCCAGGGUGCAACAGAAGAGCUCUCGGAAGUGGACAGUCAUAGCCAUUGUUGGUGGUGCAGUGCUCAUGUUUAUCAUCCUAUUUCCACUCUUAAAAACUGUUAUGCCUAAAAAGUGAUAGGAAGAAGGCAAAAGUAAAUAUUUUCUUCACACACAUAGAGCAUGUAUUAUGAUUUUCAUUCAUCAGGAGAGAAGAAACAAAGAAGUUAGUUCUUACCACAAACCAUGAAACGGUUUGGUUCCUUUCUGCAUGUAUAGAGAUUUUUUAGUGUCUCAGGACUAAUUUUCUGACAUAGAGAGAACCAGAAUUGGAAUUGGGAGACAUGGGAAACUCCUUGACUUUCAGGUAUAUAUCUCUCUAAUGAAAUUUCCGAUUCAGAUCUAACAGAAUAGCAUACAUGAAACUCUUCUGCAAACCCCACCUCGUAAUGGCUAUUUUGCAUUUAAUUUGUUUACAUCAAUUACCAUAGCAAGGGAAAUGGGGAUGUAUUAUAUUAUAUUUAAAAUUGGGAAGGCAUUGUAACUGCAACUUGAUACCCAUUUUAUAACGAAAUUGCAUUC